GCCACGCUUACGGCAUCACUGCCGUCAAGAAGAUUUACCUCGGCGAUUCUGGCUUCCUUUACCGUUUCACGGGGAAGGAGAAGCUCUACAUGGUGCGCAUGAGGAACCCCUGGGGAGAGAAGGAAUGGAAUGGUGCCUUCAGUGACAAUGACCCAGAAUGGAACAACAUGUCUGAGGCGCAAAGGCAGAAGUUGGGAAUGGCAAAAGAGGACGAUGGGGAAUUUUGGAUGACAAUGGAGGAUUUCUGCAAAAACUUUACUGACGUGUCCAUCUGUCGUCUGAUCAAUACACAAUACCUAAGCCUGCACAAGAAGUGGUUCGAGGCAAUGCGGUUUGGAAGCUGGACCGGUAACUUGAUGGGCGGAUGCAUCAACAACAGGAGCACGUUCUUGCAGAAUCCUCAGUUCAAGUUUGAGAUAGGCGACGAUGAGGAUGAGAUCCUGCUCUCUCUCACCCAGAAGGAUGUGCGCGACACACGGGCGGUCGGUGGCCAGAAUCUGCCGAUCGGAUUUUUCAUCAUGAAGGUUGAGCUGAACCGCAAGUACAGGCUGCACACGAUCCACGAGAAGGCCGGAGACUCGGUGUACGCGCGCUCGCGCUGUGUGUUCCUGCGCAUUACCCUGAAGAAGGGAACGUACGUUCUCGUGCCAUCGACGUUCGAGUCGAACCAGACCGGGGACUUCAUGCUGCGUGUGUUCACGAGCAGCACCUCCAACUGCAAAGAGCUUGUAUAUCCACACCCGCAGCCUGGCUGCUUCGCUUGCCUAUCUAAAAGUGCCCAGGGUAUGAGUAUUGUCACAGUGGUCAGGGCACGCGGACUCGAAAAGCUCAACUGGACUAAUUCUGGAGGUACAUCCAUUUGUGAAAACAACUGCGCUACUCCGCACCAGUGUCACCUCGUUGCAUUUAGUGGUUUUCAUAUACGUUUUCUUUCGCUUGCAGUAAUCCUUGCCGUGAUACUUGCCGUGAUAUUUGCUGUGGUAUUUGCUGUGGUAUUUGCAGUGCUACUUGGUAUAUGUAUAACAGCUUGGAAUUGCUUGGCUUAUGAGACAUAUGAGGAAAUGUCUCCGUGUGUCCAUAGGUUGCAAUAUCAUGACUAGCUAGUUCCUUCAAUAAAUGAUUACCAAUACCAUGUAGAAAAGCGCAUUCUUCCCCAUUUUCCAUCCCCGUGAUCAUUUUCCCUUACUCCUGUUCCUUAAAUAGGUUAUGGUUCCCUUUCCCGCCAGACAAACAGGAUUUGGUUCCUAUUUCUGCUCCACAAACAGGAUCUGAUCCCUUUGAUUCUCCUCAUACAUGGAUGCAGGGGCACUUAUG